CAAAAAAAACAACAAACAAUGGCCAACAACAGAAAAUCCACCAAAAACGAAACUACUCAACUAACUCCAAACAAACAACCACUCAUCCUUCCAGUCACCAUUCUACUCAACCCACGUGUGGUAUAUGCAAAUCUUUUGAAUAACUCAACUAAUUUAAGUUCAUGUGCAGUUUCUACUAGCUCAUCAGGUAGUUCCAAAUCAAAAGAUACUUCCUCUAGCAAUUUAUUUCUAAAUGUCACUAAUCAUGGUACUGGAAAUUCACCUGGAAGUCCUGUCAACAAUAGUACUUCAUCAAUUGGCUCCACUGAUAAGGAGUAUUUCAUAAAUAUGUAUGGAAACAGUUCUGGUAGUUUAAAUUCAGCUGAAUGUACCACACCAACAAGUAUUGUUGGUUCGAAUCUAUACGAUUCUUCUGAAUCUGGCCAUUCAGAUUCGUCUGAUUCAUUCUCCAGUUUACAAGAUCCAAACAAUGCUCAACCUAAUCCAAAUAACUUGAGUAUCUCACCAAAUAACUGUCAAGCCAAUCCACUAAAUACCACUCACAACAGUUCUGUACCAUAUUAUCAUCAAAACUUUUACUAUCAAGAUCAACCAGUUCCAAAAACUAACAGUGAUGAAAUUAUUGAAAAUUUGAAACACAAAUUCCUUGAUUAUUGUGAAGAUCAAGCAAAGAUGGCAAAUGAAUUUGAGAUCAAGUUGAUGUUUUUGGAACAUUUCUUUGAUCCAAUUAAUGAGAAAGUUCCAUCAAAGGUUUUCAAAUCGAGUGAAGCUGUUUUCAGUCGAUUGGAUUUGUUUUGUAAAGUUUUGAUUGCUUUAAAGAUGCCAUACGAAUCUGUUGAAAUUGAAAAGCUUAAAAGUGAAUCACCAGAUAAGACACGUGUACUUGAGAGAAUUCUUACAAGCUCAAAGUGUGAAUUGUAAAGAUCCAAAACAUGCACUUCUCUCUAAGGAAGAGUUGGUUCAUAGCACUGGAGGAACCAUCUCUGAGGAGAAUAGAUUCACUGUUGGUCUGCUUGAUGAAAUUAAACUCAUUUGUAACAUGUUCCUAUUAGAAUUGGGUGAUUGGUUUGCAAUCUUUGAAUUUAAACAAAACAAGAAGGUCAGGAAGUGGUUUGAGAAUGGUUUGGUUGAUGGAAAUCUUCCAAAAUAUGUUGUUGAAAUCUAUAGAAAGAAGAAGGAGAAGAAUGAGAAGGCCAACAGAGAAUUCAAGUUCAAUAAUGAAGAUUUGAAUAUCAAGCAUGUUAUUGACAGUGAUUGGAACUUUUCAAAUUGGAUGUGUAGGGAACAUGGUGGUGAUUGGUAUUUAACCUAUUCCAAAUUGCCAAAUGUAAUGCAAUGGAAUUCAGAUGAAGAUCACU